AUGGACUCGUACACGCAGUAUCACGCACAGCAACCGUCGGCAUAUCCCCACGCGCAUACCGGUCCCCAGCAGAACCACGCGAGUCCCGCGAUGCAGACACAACAGCAGCCAGGCUAUGGGCAGCACCAGCAACCUCCGCAGAUGGGUCAUCAACAGAUGAUGCCUCAGAUGGGAUACAAUCCGGCCGCUUAUGGCAUGCAACCACCGUAUGGGGUAUCGCCUUCGCAGGCAGCUGCAAUGGCCACCGCCGCUGCUUCGGGGUAUCCUGCCUACUCGAUGCCUGAUUCGUCCAUGCCAGGACCAAUGCCCCAAACGUCGCCCCGAAUGGGUCAAGUCAAGGCGGACGGCAACAUGCCGAGACCAAGCCCGCAGUCGCCGCGACAGCAGAAUCAGAUGAACGUGCCAAGCACAAUGGCUUCGCAGAUGAACAUGCCUCCUGCGCAACCUAUGCCCAGCAGUAUCUCACAAAUGCCACCAGGGCAGCUACCACAGCAUCGUCGAAUGUCGCAGUCGAUCAAUAGCCCCGCCGUGCCCAAUCAGCCAGGUCAACCGCCGAUGGGUGCCCCUCCUCGACCUCCGACUCAACCGCAGCAACCUCAAGCUCCUCAAGCACAACCGCCUCAUCAGCAAUCGCCCGAAGUACCUGUAGCAGGCGCGAACGAAGAGUCGCCCCUUUACGUAAAUGCCAAGCAGUUCCACCGCAUACUCAAAAGGCGUAUGGCGCGACAGAAGCUGGAAGAGGCUCUUCGUCUUACCAGCAAAGGUCGCAAGCCCUAUCUGCAUGAGUCAAGACACAACCACGCCAUGCGUCGGCCUCGUGGUCCGGGUGGCCGAUUCUUGACUGCUGAGGAAGUCGCGCAGAUGGAUGCCAAGAAUGGUGAAGACGGCGGGCAAGAUUCAACAGGUGAUGGUGGCGCCACUGUGAAUGGUGCUGGAGCUAAGCGGAAAGCAGGUAACAUGAGCGGCGGCGCGAAGAACGGCAUUUCCAAGAAGACCAAGAACGAGGAAAACGGAAACGAUGAGGACGAGGAUGAUGACGGCUGA